UCUUCAUGUACUGGAAGAAUGAGCCGGUGGUCCCGCUCCGCCAGGGCAGCCAGCCCCUGGCCGCCGGCGCCCCAGCGGGGAAGGUGAUGGCCCAGGACGGCCCCCUCUCCAAGGGAAGCUCCCGCAGCCUGGACAGCAAGCACCCCCAGAUCAUGUCCCAGUCGGACGGAGAGACGCUGCCCAGCACCCUGGAUAAGGAAGAUGUCCGCUCGGCUCCCAGCACCCCGUCCACCCCGUCCGUCUGCUCCCCCCCUUCCUCCUCCUCCUCCUCCUCCUCGUCCUCCAUCCCCUCAGCCGGCAAGAACGUCUGCUCCAGCUGCGGCCUGGAGAUCCUGGACAGGUACCUCCUCAAGGUGAACAACCUGAUCUGGCACGUGCGCUGCCUGGAGUGCUCGGUGUGCCGGACCUCCCUGCGCCAGCAGAACAGCUGCUACAUCAAGAACAAGGAGAUCUUCUGUAAAAUGGAUUAUUUCAGUCGAUUUGGUACAAAGUGUGCCCGCUGCGGCAGGCAGAUCUAUGCCAGCGACUGGGUAAGGAGAGCCCGCGGCAAUGCCUACCAUCUUGCCUGCUUUGCCUGCUUCUCCUGUAAAAGGCAGCUGUCUACUGGCGAGGAGUUUGGCCUGGUGGAAGAGAAAGUGCUGUGCCGGAUUCACUAUGACACAAUGAUAGAGAACCUCAAGCGAGCAGCUGAAAAUGGCAAUGGGAUCACGCUAGAAGGAGCGGUCCCGUCUGAGCAGGACAGCCAACCCAAGCCAGCAAAGAGAGCACGGACAUCCUUCACCGCGGAGCAGCUGCAGGUCAUGCAGGCACAGUUUGCUCAGGAUAACAACCCAGAUGCACAGACCCUUCAGAAACUGGCAGAUAUGACCGGACUUAGUAGGAGAGUCAUUCAGGUUUGGUUUCAAAACUGCAGAGCACGCCAUAAAAAGCACACGCCUCAGCACACGGUGCCGCCUUCUGGAGCCCCCCAGUCCCGGAUCCCUUCGUCGCUCUCUGAUGACAUCCACUAUUCUCCCUUUAGCAGCCCUGAGAGGGCCAGGAUGGUAACUCUGCACGGAUACAUAGAAAGUCAGGUACAGUGUGGGCAAGUGCACUGUAGACUUCCCUACACUGCUCCACCAGUGCACCUCAAAGCAGACAUGGAAGGACCACUAUCUAAUAGGGGUGAGAAGGUCAUCCUAUUUCAAUAUUGAUGGCGCGAACUCUUCCUCAUCUGUCCAUAGCGUUCCCACCACCGCUGCCCCUCAGUCACUGAAACACGGUGUUAAAUCGAAGGCAACUCUGAUGGUCACGCAGGAGAAACUCAGUUCAGCAUUGUUAUUCGCACCGACAGCAUCUGAUAGCCAAUGUUCUUGCCUCCCAGCAGCACUGCCAACAGUCAUGGUUUUUGCUUGUUUCUUGUGGACCUGCACAAUGACAAUGAGUCCCUAAGGCACUGCCAUGCACAGCCCAAAUUAGUGAUCCUACUGCACUUUCACCGUUGCUUCCAGCAUCAUGGAACAGGAAAAGACCAUUACAUGCUGAGCCAGAGGUGGUGUUGAUUAUUACCUAACAAUACAAAGAGAGGAGGGAGCAAAGUACUUGGGCCUGAUUCUGACUCGCCCCAGUGUAACACUGUUGAUUCCAUUAGAUUACGCCUGAUGUACGUUAGUGUAAAUGAGAUCUGGAUCAGGCCCGUUAGCUCAGCCACUUAGCACUCGUUGAGCCAAACUGACUGCUGGUUGUAACUCUACUGAAGUUAAUAGUUAUGCUAGCCUGAAAUAUGGCCCUUCAUCUUUAAAGAGAUUUAGAACCACUAAUCCAUUAACUCCCCCCAUGAGGUAGGUAAGUAAAUCUCCUUCUCCCCAAUUUACAGGUGGGAAAACUGAGACAGAGGCUUAUGACUUGCCCAAGCUCACAAAGGGAGUGGGUGUCACAGCCAUGCUUAGUGCUCAGAGGUUCCUGACUGUUAUUCCUGCCCUCAGCGUGCUGGACACACCUCCAUCCCAAGGACCAUCAGCCACAUCUUUGUUUCCUGGCAGCCUUUUGCUUGGAGUCAUUUCUCACUCCUGAAUGAGUGAUCCCAGGAGUGUAUCUGCACCAGACUGCUGGUCACUGCACCCACUGGGGUUGGGAAACAAUACAUUUUGCUACUAAAAUUCCAAAUGAAAGAUGUGUCUUAAGUACAUUGGGCUUGAUUCACUCUGGCACAGACCCCAGCAGAAGAAUCCUAGUCGCAAAAGUUUAGCCAGUGAGAAGGGUCAAAGGUCUCUGUACACCAGUGCUCCACUGGUGGUGUAGCUAGUCUGCAUCCAUACAAAAAUGGGCACUCUCCAACAGGAGAAUGGGUAGGACUCAGCAUAUCCCUUAUGCAGCCUCCACUAGCUGGACUCCUCUGGUAGCCUAGCAGCUAGUCAAAGCUGUCCCUGCUUGGUGGAAUUCCUGAUGGAGGGAUUCCUGUGAAUCAGCCCCCAGCGCUCAUCAGCCUCUGCUGGCCUCAGGGGUUCAGUUCCUGCUCCCCUGCCCCAGUAGUGCAUGAAUCAAGCCUGUAACUUCUAAGAGAUCACUUUACAUCUUUUGCUUUACAUUUUCAAUAUAGUUAGAGUGAAAUUACUAGUUUAACCUGCACACAUGGGGCCAGGAGGAACAAGCAACGGCUGAGUUCAUGCAGCAGGCAAGGACAGCAUGUGAUAAAGGCGAUGCUAAUAAAUCUGGCAGCUUCUUUUUUAUGAUUAUCUCGGUCUUUAUGUUGCACCUCAUUUCCGGGGUUUCCCAGCUACUCCUGGCUAAUGCUCACUGAGGUGGGAGCACAAUGCUCUGACUAAGCCACAAUUCAAAAUGACAGCUCAGAAAAGGCCGGGCAGUGGAGCGCUCACCCUGUUCUGAUGAGUGCUUACUCUCACGAGCAGCCUCAUUGCAAUCACUGAGUAAGGGCUCAACAACUCUGUCCCAAGCCAGGAAAGAAACACUGCAAAGAUCUUUCCUAGAUAGUAGUAAUAAAAGGUAAACAAUAUUUGAAAUUAGUAGUUGGUCCCUAACAAAAUCUCUCUCCUGUGAGUGCUCCAGCCAACCUUGCUGGUGAGAUUUGAAGGCAGCUUUUCCAAGAAUGUGAGGUCCUAAUGUGACCCAAUCAGUUUGUGAGACCUGUGCCUCUCUGUGCCUGAUCCGCAGAGGCUGAGUCCACCAGCUAGACAACCUGGCUUUAUAGCUCAAGCUGCAGCGACUCCUGCUUUUAGCUCUGGAGGUCCCUGGUCCAAUCUCCAGUUUCAGUCAAGAUGGCAGCCAUCACACUACCAUUAGGCAGUGAGUAUUUCCAGCACUGCAGCACUUUCCCUAGUUGUACCCCAUUAUCUCAUGAUAACAAAGCUUUCUGGGCAUGUGGGUCUAGCGCACGGCGAGGAGGUGUUCACCCAAGUAACUUCGCAAAGUAAAUUGCAUAAUGAGCAGCUCUGGACUUCUGUUGCAGUGAACAUCAAAAUAUAUUGACCAGAGAAGUAGGAGAGCAAAAACACAUCUUGAGAUUUGCUGAAAUAACAAGUCAAUAUGUCUCGUUGCAUAUAUUCAUUGUUAUGAUAAUUCAGCUAGGCCAACUGUACCCAACAGCUAAAAGUUUUAUCCACACUUUAAAUUAACAUUUGAAAGGGCAGAUGAAGUUAGAAGUCCAUAAAAUACUAUUAUUCACCUCCUGAAAGAUUAAGAAUAGUUUCCAUUUGAAUUCAAUCAUCAUGAGACUGGUGUCUACCCAUCUGCAUCUGUGGUCUGAUUGGUUAAUGUUGUUCCAGAACUUAGUAUUAUCGCCCCUUUGAGGAGGUGACUGGUAGAAAUUUGCAUCAGUUUUCAGUCAAUUAUAAGCCAGAUUUUUUUUCUUUUUGUAUGUAACAAUGAGCGAGAGAAUGACAACAGCCUUUUGUUUCCUGUAGCUGAGCAUUUGGAUUGUUGGUAUGUGUUAUAAGGAGGUUGUAGUGUAUUGGUCUGUGUCCACAUGAAAUGGCAUUGAUGGUGACAUGCUGCUUGGAAGGGCCACUUUCUCCUCCAUCUCUGCUUGCUCAUUCUAAUGACUGUUUUGUUGUGGAACUAGUGUAAUACAGUAAUGGGUAGAUGUUCAGUUUAAGACUGUGAGGAUGAGACUCCAGACUGUAACUUGACCCCACACAUCAUGGUAACUGAGAUUUCCACAACCCGGUUUUAUUGCGGGAGACAAAGAUUUGAUGUAUUUUUCUUCUGUCUCGGUGCAUUAUGAGCGGGAGACUGCAGAAUAUGUCUGCUAAACAACUACUUAGUUACUGAUCAAAUUUGACUUGUGAUAUGUACUGUACAUCAAAAUUAUUUUAACUGUUACCACUGACAGGAUCAGAAUGCAAAGCACAGGGCUAAUGUGUAGACAUUUCUGACGAAAUAUAUAUAGUGUAAGUGGAGUCACCACUAGCCGUGUAGAGAGUAUUGCACUGUACAACUUAUGCUCAAGGAAGAACUCUUCAGUAAGUAGCCACAGCAGCUUUGCAGAAAUCAGACUCUGAUGUAUUAAGCCCAAAUUGUUUGGAAGAACUGGAAGCAAUUCAGCUUGUGCAGUUUUAGAGCUAAAUAUUGUGUAUGGAAAAUACUCAACUGUACCAAGAAUGUAAGAAAUCCUCUAAUUUAUUCGAUACUUUGUUUCACAAUGCAUUGCACGUUGACUGUUGCCAUUGAACAAAACCUUAUCUCAGGUCAUUCGCAGUCAUCUCCUCUCUGUAGAUUUUUUUUUUUUUUUUUUAGUCCUUCUCAUUUACUUAGGUUAUUCAGUAAUUGCCAAAUGGGUUAUGGUGCAGUAGUGCAGACUCUGUAUAUUACAGUAUUCCAGUGGCUAUUUACAGAAAAUGUUAUACACUAAACCCAGUGCGGUUAGCCAGUGAAAGAUGAACUUUCCACUAGAAUUUAAUACGAUAAAUAAAUGUGAUGUGGGGAGGGACUGAAAAUGGAGUGGUUUAAAAUUUUAUUCCCAAAACAUUUUGUUGAUUUUUGGCUCAUGGUGGUUAACCCCAAAGCCCUAGCUAAUGAUGCUUACACAACGUAAUGCUUGGGGUGGGGGCUAAAUCCUGCACUACUGCUGUCACUGAUAUAUUCAGACCUUGUAAUACGAGGCCAACUAUAAACACUUCUCAGAAUUUUAUUUCAAAAGCAGAUCAUUUUGUUGUAGCAUGUUGCAAUUACACGUCUUGGCUACAAUGGUUAAAAAAUCCUUUUGAAUGAGUGGACAGUUGAGACUAGUAUUUAUUGAAAAAACAAAAACUAAAUUGUAAGCACUUUUUUGUAAAACCAAUGUCUGUUUUGUUACAUACUUUUAAUGUUGUGCUUUGUAAAUGUCUGAUUUGUGUAAUAAAUAAAGUUCAUGGAAGUAGAA